UUCUCAGCAUCAAGAUUCAGGAACAAAGGUUUAUUGUCAUAGAUAAAAUCUAUCUUGUCUUUGAUGUCAGGAUUUGAUACAGUGCAACGUUUCGUAUAUCUCGUUUCAAGCACCAUCAGCAGACUUUUAAUCUUUAUUCAUCAAAGUCAUUAGAUUAAUUAGAUAAUUUUUUUUUUUUUAAAGUUGGCACUGGCGUUAUGAAAUGGCUGAGCUGCAUUUUCCAAAUUAACAAAGAAAAUUUGUGUCACUUGAAACUGUGCCAAUGUGUGGUGUGUCCUAAUUAAUGGUUAUUCUAGCCUUAGCUUAGAGUUACACCGAAGCUGCCUCCCAAACCUAUAACCUUUGUGGCGGAAUGUCAGCUUCACAAGUCACUGUUUCCCUUUACACCGUGGAUUAAAAAUAAGGAGGCUUUAUUUUUUUGGAUCACUGAAUUCACAGGUAUCUGCUGACAUUAAUUUAAUGACUUGCAAAUGGAAACUCUAUUUAAAGAGACUUUGACCUGACGACCUCUAUCAAGGAACAUGCCUUUUCAAUACUGCAUUUAAGACUGCAAAUGAAUGAUGGCUGGGAAAGUGGAAAAGGUAUCCAAAUACGAAACUUUAAAGCUUUUGGAAAAGUGCAGGAAGGAAAGAGACGACGCUUUGCACCGUGAGAAUGUGAUGAGGGAGAAAAUGAGACAAUAUGAGUCUCGAAUGAGAUCAACCGAAGCGCUCAAACAGAAACUGAAGCAAUUGACUUUGGACAACAAGGAGCUGAGGAAACAAGUGAAGAUCCUGAGGGCUGAAAUUGGUUUGGAGUCCAGUCCUAAGUUUCAUGGUAAAACCACAAAGGAUAUAAUCAACGACCUGCAUGAGAAGGAGCGCGAGUGCAAUUCACUUGUUGAAAAAGCGGGCAAAUUAAGUUUGACAAUUGAUGAAUUAACAUCUGAACUGGCCAACACCGUCACCUCAAAGACUCUACUGGAGGACCAAGUCCAGUCCCUGCAACAGAACCUGAAGGAUAUGACCAACAAUCAGCGACGUCUUCUGAAGCUCUGGGAGGAUAAGAAGGCUCAGCGGGAGCAGCUUUCACUGCCCGCCAUACCGCAGAGACCCGGGCAGAAGCCGGUGGUGCAUAAAGGCGUCCAGACGGAGAUGUCCAUCAGCUCAACCCAGAUAUUACCCACUAAUGCGUUUGAGACUAAGACCCGCCGAGAGAUCGAUAAAAGCAGAACUAAUCUGGAGAGACGCAGCAUCACUUUAGCAAAUGGCACUCAUCGAGAGAAAAACGCGUUAAUUCAGAAUGAACCGAAGGGAAUACACAACUGACAAUAACUAUUUCAUGAAACUUUUUUUUGUGUCUAAAAUACAGCAUUAUAAUGCUAUAAAAUAAAUGUUAUUUUAAAACGUUUAAAUAAUUAAGAAAUAACCUGAUAGAAACAUAUUUGAAGACUGUAUGUUAUUGUAAUCACCAUAGUUAUUUCUUAUGAAUUGGCUCAUUAUUACAUUUUUUUUAGACUGCUGUUUGAUGUAAUGCCCACAAAACAUUGUGUAUUACUGUUUAACAUUAAAUAUAAAAUGUAUUUAUUUUCCUUUCCUCUCUCUUUAAUUAGGGUAAUGCAACUGAUAUGCCUACAAUUCAUUAAUCUAUAUCAUGUCAUUCAUUUAUGAUAAAAAAAUAAGACUAUUAUUUUAUAUUUAUAUUUCAAGUAAAAGAAUGGCUAUAAAUAACUACAUUAGCAGACUGUUUAAAGUGAUAAUCUACCCAAAAAUGUAAAUUCUGUCAUCGUUUACUCUUCCUCAUGUUGUUCCAAAACCUGUAUAACUUCUUUAUUUCUCUGCAGAACACAAAAGAAGAUAGUUUGAACUUGAAUAAUGUUGAUAACCAAACAGUUGACUUCCAUUAUAUGGACGAUGGACGCAUUUCUC